CUCACUCCCACCACCCACCCACCCUUGGUUUCUUCAUUUACACACAUUUUUCCCACCGGGAUGGAUCUUCCGCAGCAAGCGCGCACAGCCAGCGGCCAACACGCACGCUUUCCUUCGUUACACAUGGCUGCGCAUGUAGGACGAACAUUCACGGCGAUUAUGUGGAUAAUAUGUCUAGUUUCAAGUUCCAGGACGAGGAUUUAUCCGGCCAAUGAAGUGACUCUGCUGGAUACCAGGACAGUGCCAGGAGAGUUGAAAUGGGCAGCGAGUCCCUCAGAAGGAGGGUGGGAAGAAGUGAGCAUCAUGGAUGAGAAGAACAUCCCCAUCAGGACGUACCAGGUGUGUAACGUCUUGCAACCCAAUCAGAACAACUGGCUGAGGACGGACUGGAUCCCCAGGUCCGGUGCUCAGAGGGUUUAUGUGGAGGUCAAGUUUACCCUGAGAGACUGCAACAGCCUGCCUGGGGUCACUGGCACCUGCAAGGAGACAUUCAAUCUAUACUACCACGAGUCCAACGAAGACAGGGAGAACUUCAUCAAAGAGAGCAGCUUCAUUAAGGUGGACACGGUGGCGGCGGACGAGAGCUUCACUCAGGUGGACGUUGGAGACCGCAUCAUGAAACUCAACACUGAGGUGCGGGACGUGAAGGUGACAAACAGGAAGGGCUUCUACUUGGCCUUCCAGGAUGUCGGCGCCUGCAUCGCCUUGGUGUCCGUGCGGGUGUUCUACAAAACCUGCCCCCUGACUAUUCGGAACCUGGCAACCUUCCCGGACACAGUGACAGGAGCUGACACUUCCUCCUUAGUGGAGGUCAGGGGGUCGUGCGUCGACCAAUCGGAGGAGAAGGAAGAGCCGAAAAUGUACUGCGGUGCUGAUGGAGAGUGGCUGGUUCCUAUCGGUGGAUGUCUUUGUAACUCGGGAUACGAAGAAAAAGGAAGUUCAUGUAAAGCCUGCUCUGCUGGUUUCUACAAGUCCAGGUCAUCUGACGCAAGCUGCUCCAAGUGUCCUCCACACAGCUACUCCCUCCGAGAAGGGGCGACGGUUUGCGACUGCCACUCCGGAUACUUUCGAGCUGACAGCGACCCUCCCGCUAUGGCUUGUUCCCAGCCUCCAUCGGCGCCACAGCAAUUGAUUUCAGUUGUGAACGAAACCUCGGUGGUUCUGGAGUGGAGCCCACCACGCCGCCUGGGAGGUCGAAGCGACAUCAGCUACAGCCUGGAAUGUCUCAUUUGCCAGACGUCUGACAAACCCAUCCCCAGGAAUCACAGUAGUUCCCAACCUGAGGGGAUGCAGUCAGACCAAGGCAUUGUGGGAACUGAAGUCCAGAUGGGGAGAGGCGUCUACGAGAGAGAUUCCGCCAGAGUGGCCUCGGGCUCUCAGCUGUGCCAGCCCUGCAGCUCAGACGUGCUUUUCUCUCCAGACCAGAGCGGCCUGAGAGGCACCCGAGUGGUGGUGAGCGAGCUCAGAGCCCACACUCACUAUACUUUUAUCGUGCAGGCACGCAACGGGGUCUCCCAGGGCGGCGCCGCCGGGGCCUCCCAGAGCGUGUCGGUCUCCGUAACAACCAAUCAAGCUGCUCCCUCACGGGUGUCGUCCAUUCAAGCCACAGAUUUCACCAGGCAUACUUUGUCAUUGUCAUGGCAACAGCCCGAUCAACCCAACGGGGUCAUCUUGGAAUAUGAGGUCAAGUUCUAUGAGAAGGAUCAGAAGGAGAGGUCCUACCGCAUAAUGAGGACCUUCUCUCGAAGCGUGGAAGUCACGGGACUCAACCCGCUCACUGUCUACGUUUUUCACGUGCGGGCUCGCACGGCCGCCGGCUAUGGAGAGUUUAGCGCCCCGUUUGAAUUUGCAACCAAUUCAGAUCCCUUCCCUCUGAUUGGAGAAGGCGUCAACUCUGCCUUCCUGUUGUUGUCCGUGAGCGGCGUUGGAAUUCUCUUGCUUAUAUCUGCAGCUGUUUUCAUCAUCAGUCGCAGGAGGAGCAAGUACAGUAAAACCAAGCAAGACUCCGAGGAGGAGAAACAUCUUAAUCCAGGCGUGAAGAUCUACGUGGACCCGUUCACUUACGAGGACCCAGAUCAGGCCAUCCACGAGUUUGCCAAGGAGAUUGAUGUGAGCUGCAUUCACAUCGAGAGAGUUAUCGGCAUGGGAGAGUUUGGCGAGGUAUGCAGCGGGCGCUUGCGUGUGCACGGAAAGCGAGAAGUCUACGUCGCCAUUAAAAGUCUAAAGGCGGGAUACUCGGACAAACAAAGACGAGACUUUCUGUCGGAGGCGUCCAUCAUGGGGCAGUUUGACCACCCCAACAUCAUCAGGCUGGAGGGAGUUGUCACCAGAUGUGAGUUGACGCGGAUGAACGGCGGCGGCCAUAUUGAAUCACAACGACAUUUCAUUCAUAUGAUAAUAACUCUUUUGUGUUCAGGUAAACCACUCAUGAUCAUUACGGAAUACAUGGAAAAUGGAUCCCUGGAUGCUUUUCUUCGGAAACACGACGGCCAGUUCACGGUGAUCCAGUUGGUCGGCAUGCUGCGCGGCAUCGCCUCGGGCAUGAAGUACCUGUCGGACAUGAGCUACGUCCACCGAGACCUCGCCGCACGGAACAUCCUGGUCAACAGCAACCUUGUGUGUAAGGUGUCUGACUUUGGUCUCAGUCGGGUUCUGGAGGACGACCCGGAGGCCGCUUACACCACCAGGGAAGCCCUUGGCACUUACCUCUCUCCCGGCGGGAAGAUCCCCAUCAGGUGGACAGCUCCCGAAGCCAUCGCCUACAGGAAGUUCACCACAGCCAGUGACGUGUGGAGUUACGGCAUCGUCAUGUGGGAGGUGAUUUCGUACGGCGAGAGACCCUACUGGGACAUGAACAACCAGGAUGUAAUAAAAGCAAUCGAGGAGGGCUACCGCCUUCCCGCUCCCAUGGACUGCCCAGUGGUCCUGCACCAGCUCAUGUUGGACUGCUGGGAACGAGACCGAGCCGAGAGACCCACUUUCAGCCAGAUCCUUAACAUGCUGGAUAAACUUAUUCGGAACCCGGGGACUCUGCGCAGAACUGGAGGGGAAAGACCUGCAGUGCUGGAGUCAGGAGCAUGUCCGGAGGUGUGUGUGUCGGUCCUACCAGAAGUGUGUGUGUCCAAGUGGUCAUUGUGUGAGUGGCUGCAGUCCAUCGGCUUGGAGAGGUACACGGAGACGCUGGCGGCAGGAGGAUAUUCCAGCCUUGACAACCUACUGGCACUCACACACCAGGAGAUGGAGAGAUUGGGAAUCCUCGCAACAUCGCACCAGGACAUACUAAUUGCCAGUAUACAGCAAGAAAUAUUGUCUCAAAUGCAGCACAUGCAACAUACAAUGGUUCCGGUCUGAGUCACAGGUGGGAUACCUGAAUUCCAUUUACCUCAUCCAUGCACUUUAGGGGGACCUUUCACCAGUGGACCAGUAGAAGGAGUGGAAUGAGAAAGCAGCACUUUUGUCAAGUUUUCUAAAAACACAAGAUGGACGUGGCCACAGAUUGCUACUGAGACUGAAGGCCCAUCCUUGCAUUCUUUUCUUUUCUGUUUUCUGACAGCAGAAUGGCUUCCAGUUUUAUGUGGGACUUUUUUCGCUGCUUUGGGCUUGACUUGAAAAAAAAAAACGUGUGCGAACCAUGUAAAUUCACCAAUAGUCGACUCCCUUAUGUCUGAGCGUCGCACGUCUUUGACCAUUCUUGAUAUGCAAAGUGGAAUUGGGAGGAGUCAGGACAAAUACGUCAUCACGAUAGUUACAUACUAACGGAGCAAAUGUUUUCCUUUUGAUAGUUCUCUUGGUUGAAUUGUAAUAAUUAGACAUUUACAAUAGAAUGUCUUUUAUUAGCUACAUGGAAAGUUUUAUUUAUGGUCUUUUUUUAAGUAGUUUCUACUGUAUAUUGUAAAUUAGAAUCACUGAGGGGGGAAAAAAAAUGAAUUGGUUGCCAUAUUGCAUUAUAAUAAAUGCCCAAAUCCAUCCAUGGACAUUCUUGUACAAUA